CGUGCAAUGAAUGCCACGUACUGGUUGACGUUGACAGUUUGGAGGACACUUCCUGAUGCUGGCACCCGGGUCUAGCUAGGCUAGCUAACAGAUUUGAUUUUCACGGUUUGCGGAAACCUGUGAAAUACAGCGUGGUCAAGUCGUCUGAUUCAGUGGUGGGAGCAGAAGAGGUCGGACGGCACCAUGAACGGCCAGCUGGACCUGAGCGGGAAGCUCAUCAUCAAAGCCCAGUUGGGCGACGACAUCAGACGCAUCCCUAUCCAUAAUGAAGACAUUACUUAUGAUGAGCUAGUGCUGAUGAUGCAGCGUGUCUUCAGGGGAAAGCUGCAGAGUAAUGACGAGGUUACCAUUAAAUACAAGGAUGAAGAUGAUGACCUCAUCACCAUCUUUGACAGCUCUGACCUCUCCUUCGCCAUCCAGUGCAGUAGAAUACUCAAAUUGACUUUGUUUGUGAAUGGUCAGCCGCGGCCUUUGGAGUCUAGUCAGGUGAAGUACCUGCGCAGGGAGCUCAUUGAGCUCAGAAAUAAAGUCAACAACCUCCUGGAUAGCCUGGAGCCCCCCACAGAGCCUGGUCUGGCUGCUACAGCACCGGACAGCGAAUCAGUGGAUGGACGUGAAGGCAAAGUGGUGGCAGCAGACCCCACAGUGAAACAGGCCACUCCAGUCAGUGCAGCCAGCAUGUCAGCCUUCGACCCGUUAAAAAACCAGGACGAGGUCAGCAAGAAUGUCAUCUCUGCUUUUGGCCUCAGCGAGGACCAGGCCCCAGCUCCCCAAGCGGUUGCACCAGAGGAGCGCUCAGGAACCCCUGACAGCAUUGCCUCCUCCUCGUCUGCAGCCCCUCAGCCAGGAGUGCCCCCCCAACCACAGGGUCCCUAUCCUGGAGUACAGCAGGGACCCCCAGCUGGCAUGGAUGGUCAGGUGUACCAGCAGUACCAGGCUCCAGGUGGAUACCCGCCUCAACAACCAGGUGCCCCACCGCAGCAGCAGUACGGUAUGCAGUAUUCUGGAUACAGCCCUCAGCCCGGAGCCCCUCAGCCUGGCCCGCCACAGCAGCAGCCACAGCAGCAGCCACAGCAGCAGCCACAGCCGCAACAGCAGUUUCAGAACUACGCACCUCCUGCCUCCCAGGCUCCAGCCCCUGGUCCGGCUCCAGGGUUCCAGGGUGGCCAGCAGCAGCCCCAUCCAUCUCAGGGAGCCCAGCAGUAUCCACCAGGAGCCUUCCCUCCCCAAAACUAUACCUCCCAGGCCUCCCAGCCUGCCAACUACAGUCUGCCGCCCAGCUCCCAGCCCACUUCAGGGUACCAACCCCGCCCAGGAUACACCCCGCCUCCAGGCAACACUGUCACCCCUCCACCAGGAGCUGCUAACCCAUACGCCCGUAACCGCCCCCCUUAUGGCCCGGGCUACGCUCAACCAGGCCCUGGAUACCGGUAAAAGAGGAUAGCGGAUGUUACUGAUCCUUACCCCCCCCCCCAAACCCCUACCCUAUAUGUGGCUCCAACUGUUUGGAGUGGGUGCAGGAAAACCGAUUUACUCUGCAGCGCCCUCCCCAGUACAAAUAUCAAGUCCAAAUAUGAAACAAGCAACUCCCCCAGUCUGAUGGUUAGUGUUUGUAUGUCAAUCCAACAUACCACUCUGUUCUGGCCCUGGUGUAUGUUCCCUGUGUUAUUUUCCUCUAUUCUCCUGUCACCACCACCACCACCACCACCACUGUCUGCUUUGCCCUCUUGUAUCUGUUAUUGACCAAAACAGGCUGUUGCACAAACUGUUUAUUGUUCUUUUCAUGGUAACGCUUCAUUUUGCGAGUGAGAUCAGCAUCCGCAUUGUGCAUUUGUCAAUGACAAACAUCUCAGCUGUUUGUGUUGCGUUUACUGUGUAUAGAUGCAUUUACAAGACACUGUCUAAAUGAAAAGUUACCCCUUUGUCUGUUUGUUUUUUCUUUUAUUUGAUCAAUUUCACCACCAUGUCGGUAUUAAUGAUGUAUCAAUGAACCUGCCCCAUGUUGGGAACACUAGCUAAGUGAUGGCUUAUGGGAGGUGUAGAUCCCAGUGUCACGAAAAAGGCUUCUUUCGUUUAACUUGUUAAUCACCUCCAGUAAAGCUUGCUAUUCCUCUGUCUCUCUUUAUCUAAUCACUGGUUUUUACUAAUAAAUUAAAUUCCACCUUCAAGUGAAAUUAGUUGUUUAUGUAUAAACUGUAACAUUCUUUUCUUGAACCUAAUAAAUGAUUGAGACCCA